AUGGGCAAGAACAAAUACGUGAAUUUUGCAAGAAAAAACAAAUUUAAAAGCUUCAAUGUUCAGUACACAAACAAAGAUAAUGGGCAUAGUGCUGAAGGAAGACAAAACUGUGAACAGGAUGAGACUGCGUCCCGUGCAGUUUUUAAGUUUUCUGUGAAGGAUGAGGAAACGGAAAUCACCAGCUUGCGUCAGCGCUACAAUAACAUCUCUGCAUCUACUACGGAAUCUAUAGAAACAUUUAAAGAUUUUCCAUUAUCGAAAAAAACGCUUGCUGGUUUACAUGGCGCGCAGUUCAUUAAACCAACUGUUAUACAACGGCAAUCCAUUUUAGAUGGAUUAUGUGGCAAAGAUGUGUUAGCUGCAGCAAAAACAGGGAGCGGAAAAACAUUGGCGUUCAUCAUUCCCAUCUUAGAACGGCUGUACGUGGAAAAAUGGACCCGUCUGGAUGGCCUGGGAGCACUGAUCAUCACACCAACUCGCGAGCUUGCGGUACAAAUAUUCGAAACCUUUGCAAAGGUUGGAAAGCAUCAUGAUUUUACCACGGGUCUCAUUAUUGGGGGACAAAAUCUUAAAUUUGAACGAAAUCGACUACACAAUCUCAACGUAAUCAUCGGUACACCUGGUCGCUUACUGCAACAUAUGGAUCAAAAUCCGUUGUUCGAUCCAACAAAUUUAAAGGUGCUAGUGCUAGAUGAAGCCGAUCGAUGCUUAGAUAUGGGGUUUUCGGCCACAAUGAAUUCAAUUAUCGAGAACCUACCUACCUUGCGACAAACGCUACUAUUUUCUGCAACACAGACUAAUUCCGUUAAGGAUUUGGCACGUGUGAAACUAAAAAAUCCCGUAUGUAUUGCACCUCACGCCCACGAAGAUAACGCGACUCCCGCAAAGUUACAGCAAAGUUACGUGGUUGUCGAUCUUCCUUCUAAAUUAACGAUGCUUUGGUCUUUCUUGCGUACGCAUCCAAAGCAGAAAAUAAUAAUAUUUUUUGCAACUUGUAAACAGGUCAAAUAUUUUUAUCAGAUAUUAAGAAAACUUCGACCCUUGAUUUUGUUACUACCAUUGUACGGUGGAAUGAAUCAAGAGAAGCGAAACAAAAUAUAUGCCGAGUUUUGUGGGAAGAAUAGCAAUGUCUGCAUGUUGGCAACGGACGUAGCGUCACGGGGACUUGAUUUUCCUAAAGUAAAUUGGGUAGUGCAGAUGGAUUGUCCUGAAGAUGUAGUUCAAUACAUACAUAGAGCAGGGCGAACAGCACGAUUAAACACAGGCGGUGAAAAUUUGUUAGUCUUAUUACCUCAUGAAGAAAAGGCGAUGCUUGAAUCUUUACGCGCUAGCAGAGUUCCCAUCAAGCAGAUACAAGUUGACGAAAGACAGUUGUUCUCUCCGCUAGUAAAAAUUCAAUCCCUUCUGGCUCAGUCUCCUGAUUUAAAAGAGAGUGCAAAACGAGCUUUUAUUGCAUACAUAAAAUCUGUUGCUUUGAUGAAAAAUAGGGACAUAUUUCAAUUACAAAAGCUUAAUCUUGAAGAGUAUGCAAAAUCACUUGGGUUAACUGUUACUCCGCGUGUACGUUUUCUAUCGCGUAUAGCAGACGAUCGAAAGCCAUUAGAUUCAACGUGUUCUAAGUUGAAAAAUAAUGUUGAAAUCUGGAGAGAAGUAAGCGAUAGUGAUGCAGAUAGUGAUGGUGAAUCCUUUUUGAAAAUUAAACGUAUCAACCAUACGUCAGAUUGGCAAAAAACUACUCAAGAUGAAGGUCAGUUUGUAAAGUUAGAAAGCUCGGAAGAGCAACCAUCAGUAGUAGCAUCUAAGAAACGUAUUUCUAAAGCUAAACUAAUUAAGAAAUCUUUAACAAUCAGUAAACGCACUAUGUUCGAUGAAGAAGGUGUUCCACUUGAUGCUGAUGAACAGCAUUUACACGACUCGUACGAUAUAAACGCUGCUCGACUUAAACUUGAGCAACAGGAUAUCCAUGAUAAAAUACGAUACAAAUCAUUAAAGAAAGAGAAGAGAAAUGAGCUAAAAGAAAAAGAACGGAAGCGCAGUGUGUCAAAUAAAACUAACGAUCCACAAGAUGAUUUUGGUAGCGAAAGCGAUACAAGUAUCAAUCUUGAUUGGCUUCCUGAUCCUGACAAAAUUUACGGAGAACAAUCUAGCUCGGCGAAUGUAGAAGAAAAAAGAAAACAAGUUGAUAUUGGUGACAUUAAAAAGAUGUAUCAACCCCCUACUAAACGAAAGAGAAUGCUUUUGCAAAAAACUAAUGAGCUAUCCUUGAAUGAAACAGAACGUUUAGCAAUGCACUUAUUAGAAUAACAUGCUUAUGUAAUAAAAUAAUUUUGUAAAAGAUUUUGUGACGUACAUUGUACUGUAGUAUUAUAACUAAUUCG